AUGGCUUCCCUGGAGAAGGGGUCCCCUGGGGAUGUGGUGGGCAACAUCCCGUACGAGGCCACGGAGGAGCAGCUCAAGGACAUCUUCUCCGAGGUCGGGCCCGUGGUGAGCUUCAGGUUGGUGUACGACAGGGAGACCGGGAAGCCCAAGGGCUAUGGCUUCUGCGAGUACCAGGACCAGGAGACGGCGCUCAGCGCCAUGCGCAACCUCAACGGGCGCGAGUUCAGCGGCCGCGCCUUGCGCGUGGACAACGCGGCCAGCGAGAAGAACAAGGAGGAGCUCAAGAGCUUGGGCACCGGCGCCCCCAUCAUAGAGUCGCCCUAUGGGGACCCGGUCAAUCCCGAAGAUGCCCCCGAGUCCAUCAGCCGCGCGGUGGCCAGCCUGCCCCCCGAGCAGAUGUUUGAGCUGAUGAAGCAGAUGAAGCUGUGUGUGCAGAACAGCCCCCAGGAAGCCAGGAACAUGCUGCUGCAGAACCCGCAGCUGGCCUACGCCCUGCUGCAGGCCCAGGUGGUCAUGAGGAUCGUUGAUCCGGAGAUCGCACUGAAAAUCCUGCACCGCCAGACCAGUGUCCCUCCUCUGAUCCCAGGCAGCCAGCAGGCAGUGCCAGUACCAGGGCCUGGGCCGGGACCAGGGCCGGGCCCAAAUGCCGCGCUGAACCCGGCCAGCACGGCGGCGGCGCAGCCACAGCCCUUAGGCGGCCUGCACGUGAACGGAGCUCCUGCCCUGCUGCAGCCGCCCCUGCAGGGCGCCGUGCCGGCRCCGGGAGCCAUGGCCGCCGCCGUGCCGGGCCCCGGCCCCCUGGCCCCGGGAGGUGGAUUGCAGCCGCAGGUGGGCAUACCGGGAGCAGGGCCCGUGGCCCUGGAGCGUGGACAAGGGAACCUGCAGCUCUCGCCCGUGGGACCUGCCAGGCCUGCGUCUAUCGAGCGUGUCCAAGUGCCCAUGCCAGACCCGAGGGCCCCUAUGCAGCGUGGACCUCUGCCCGCUAGUGGCCCUCCACCCCGCGGCCUUUUGGGAGAUGCCCCGAAUGACCCUCGUGGAGGGACCCUGCUCUCAGUCACUGGCGAAGUGGAGCCCAGAGGUUACCUUGGGCCGCCCCACCAAGGAGCCCCUUUGCACCAUAUGCCUGGCCAUGACAGCCGUGGCCCCCCCCAUGAGAUGAGGGGGGGACCCAUGGGAGAACCCCGACCGCUGAUGGGAGAGCCGCGGGGGCCCUUGAUGGACGCUCGAGUGGGACGAGAUCCGCGGGGCCUGGAGCCGCGCGGGCUGGAGCCACGGGGGCUGGAGCCGCGCGUGAUGGAGCCGCGGGGGCUGGAGCCGCGCGUGCUGGAGCCACGCGUGCUGGAGGCCAGGGCCAUGGAGGCCAGGGUCAUGGAGCCCCGCGGCCUGGAGCCUCGCGGGCCUGGUCCCAACCCGCGCGGCCCGAUGCCUGGUGGCAUUCAGGGUCCAGGACCGCUUAAUAUGGGAGCCAGCGGCCCGCAGGGGCCUCGCCAGGUUCCCACCAUGGCAGGGGCAGGCAUGCAGGGAGGCGGCAUUCCUGGGGCAGGAGUGCAAGGAGCUGGGCAGCCUGGGGGCUUUAGCCCUGGGCAGAGCCAGGUCACACCGCAGGACCAUGAGAAGGCAGCCCUGAUCAUGCAGGUUCUGCAGCUGACCGCAGACCAGAUCGCCAUGCUGCCCCCGGAGCAACGGCAAAGUAUCCUCAUCCUGAAGGAGCAAAUCCAGAAAUCCACAGGAGCCCCGUGAGAGGCUUGUCUGCCCCCCCGGACAGAGGAGAUGUUCUGUGGUGGCUGCUUCCCAUCACCAUCUGCGCCGAUGCUGCAUUUAGGGGGAGGUUUCUCCUCCCCACCCAACGUCUUUUGCCCUGUGAUUUGUCCCUUUUUCUCUGUGUAUAUUUUAUGAUGUUUGAAAUAAAGCGGGAGGA